CAGCAUGAAGACAGCACCGUGAACAGACUCGAUCGACAAGACUCCCUUCCAACAUGCCUCAUAAACACUCCGACCCUUGGGACAAGGGCCAUUUGCAGGUCAGCGACAUUCACCAGAUUUACUACGAGCAAUAUGGCAAAGCAGAUGGGAAGCCGGUAGUCUUUCUUCACGGCGGCCCGGGAGGCUGCACGUCGCCUCAAAAUACCGCCUUCUUCGAUCCAAACGUCUAUCGAGUGGUUUUGUUCGAUCAACGUGGAGCUGGCAAGUCUACCCCAGCGGCGGAACUUCGAGAAAAUACCUCUCAACUGCUCGUCGCCGAUAUCGAAGCCUUGAGAAAGCAUUGCAAGGUCGAGAGAUGGUUCAUGGUAUUCGGUGGAUCUUGGGGCUCCACCCUUGCCCUUCUGUAUGCGCAGGCUCAUCCCGAGCGUGUGCAGUCGUUGGUUCUGAGAGGCAUCUUCACAAUCCGCAAAAGCGAAAUGGACUUCUCUCGUGGUCCUGACGGCGUUGCUCGCGUCUUCCCGGAGCACUACGACAACUACCUCAAUUAUCUUCCCCCGUCGGCAAGGCAUGAUCCUCUCAGUGCAUAUUACAAGCUACUCACCUCGGAAGACUACAAUACAAGGCUUGAAGCGGCACGAGUCUGGAAUAGAUGGGAUCUUGCGCUUGGAGGACUAUUCCUGCCGGAAGGAGACUUGUUGCAGGGCAAGAGUGACGUCUGGUUAUUGCAGCACUCCAGGCUGGAGGCGCAUUAUGAGAUCAACGGCGGCUUCAUCGAGGAAGGGCAUCUACUCAAACCGGAGAACCUGGCCAAGAUUGCGCAUCUACCUUGCAGCAUUGUUCAGGGAAGAUACGACGUGUGUUGUCCCGCACGAACGGCGUGGGAGCUACAUAACGGCCUUCCACGCUCUACAUUGCAUAUGAUACCAGAUGCAGGCCAUGCGGCUUCGGAGCCUGGCACCCACCGGAAACUGGUCGAGAUCUGUGAUGAGUUUGCAAAAGUCGAUCUGUAGAUAAUGUGGGACAGAUGCUGCCGCCACUUUGUGCUGUUGUGCGUAAUCGUCUGGACGUAGAAUUCCCCAAGACAGUAUUCAAGGGGAAUAUCUGCCUUCAAACUACGCCAGAUAUCGAUUGGAACACCAGAGCCGCACGCAUAGAUGUCAUGGAUUGAAAAGCACGCCAAAUCAAUCAAUGUUCGCACCUUCCUAUUCGGGAGGGAAUGAGUCCGAAGCUCAUCAGCUUGAAUUCGGGCCUCAGUCCAGGAACUCGCAAGAA